AUGCGUAAAUAUUGCUCCGGUUUACAGUUAUCAUAUUCCUUCAACAAUGAAAAUAAGCCAAGACAACAAUCUUUAGAUAACAGAGGACAAUCAUUCCUCUUCGCCAAGAAUGAUAAUUAUUGGCAGCAACCUUCAGAAUAUAAAAGACAAGUGUUUCCAGCCCACAAUAAAAUAGAAAACCUUCAAGAAGAAAUUUUCUAUGCUCAAAAUAGAUCAUAUUCCUCCAACAAUAGCAACAAUCCCAAACAACAGUCUUCAGAGACCAGAGGACAAUCAGUUCCUUUCCCCAACAGCGACAGUUCUAGGCAGCAACCUUCAGAAUCCAAAGGACAACUGUUUCCAGCCAACAAUGAAAGAGGAAAUCCUUAUCUACAAUGCUCCUCUGCUCAAAAUAUAUCGUAUUCCUCCAACAAUGGUAACAAUCCCAAACAACAAUCUUCAGAUACCAAAGGACAAUCAUUUCCUUCCACCAACAGCAACAAUUCUUGGCAACAACCUUCAGAAUCCAAAGAUACUAGAGGACAAUCAUUUCCUUUCGCCAACAGCGACAAUUCUUGGCAGAAACCUUUAGACUCUAAAGGACACUUGUUUUCAGCCAACAAUGAAAGAGGAAAUCCUCAACAACCAUCUUCAUAUGCUCAAAAUAGAUCAUAUUCCUCCAACAAUAGCAACAAUCCCAAACAACAAUCUUCAGAGGCCAGACGACAAUCAGUUCCUUUCCCCAACAGCGUCAGUUCUAGGCAGCAACCUUCAGAAUCCAAAGGACAACUGUUUCCAACCAACAAUGAAAGAGGAAAUCCUCAUCUACAAUGCUCCUCUGCUGAAAAUAUAUCAUAUUCCUCUAACAUUGGCAACAAUCCCAAACAACAAUCUCCAGAUACUAAAGGACAAUCAGUUCCUUUCCUCAACAAUGAUAAUUCUUGGCAGCAACCUUCAGAAUCUAAAGGACAACAGUUUCCUUCCAAUAAUGAAGGAGCCCAUCCUCAUCAACCAUCUUCCUACGUUCCAAAUAGAUCAUAUUCCUCCAACAAUGGAAACAAUCCCAAACAAAAAUCUUCAGAUACCAAAGGACAAUCAUUUCCUUCCACCAACAGCAACAAACCUUUAGAAUCCAAAGGCCAAUCGUUGCCAUCCAAAAAUGAAGGAAAAAGUUCUCAUCAACACACUUACGAUGCUCAAAAUAGAUCAUAUUCCUCCCACAAUGUCAACAAUCCCAAACAACAAUAUCUUGAUAAUAGAGGACAAUCAUUUCCUUUGGCCAACAGAGCUAAUUCUUGUCAACAACCUUCAGAAUUCACAGGCCAAUCUUGGCCAUCCAACAAUGAAAUAAAAAAGUUUUCAUCCACAAACUUACGAUGCUAG